AUGGAAGUUCGACCCGGAUUUUGCUCAAGUGAAUAUUCUCCAUCAGCCCGUGGCAGUCAAAUCAGCCACUGCACUGGAAAUGCACGACGGACUCAAUUGAGAAAUGUCUUCUUAAUGGCUCCAGUUCAGAAUCUGCUGGAACGGAUCAGUCCUCAUUGGAGCCAGAGUGGGUGGGGUUCUCAGUUCCUUCGAGCACUACACAGUCAGAACCCGGAUGAUAUGAACAAAGUCUGGUGUGAUAAUCAAAAGAAGAGGGGAGACAUAGCAAAGUUGAUUACGUCUGUCUUGGAAAUGCUGUCGCAAACCGGCAGCGCCGGCGACGAGUUCAAUGUGGGGUUCUUCAACAGCCACCAAGAGCGGUAUCUCGCCCUUCAAUGCCGAUUCAAUGAUUGGGCAAGAGUUCUCCAAGAUACAUCCGAAAUUGCUGUGUAUGCAGUAUUCGGUGAAAAGUGCCUCGAAGCUUACACAUACGCCCACAAUACUGCGAGGUGUGGUGGACAUGAUGCCUUCACCGUCUUGCAUACACAUCUGGCAUCACCCACCAACUUGCCGAUCGAAGGCUUCAUUGAGAUCAAUGCAUCCGGACGUUACUACAGCGAAGACAGGAAAGAGUCUGGCACAAAGAUCAAGGUGAUGACACCAAUACCGCAUUCAGUAUCCCCUUUUGCCUCCUUCGGCAAAUACGUUUCAACGGAAGAAUUUCAGGGAAAUCCCCCCACUACCGAAACCGUCGCCUAG